GCGGAAGUAGGGCGUCUUUAAAAAUAAAGGGAAAAAAAAAAAAAAAGAAAAUAAGAGUUAAAUUAUUCACUGCAGUGGAUGACUCUAAAGGAAUAGCCACGGGACUGUUCGGGGUCUCUGAGCAUGUGUUCAGAGCCGCGGCAGGGAUCGCAAGUCCACGGGCUCAGCUGUCAGAUAAAAUAAUUCCGGUUUUACCCCCCGAAUGAAGGCUUUGAGGAGCAAAACGCUUUGGGAAGCGCUGUAUAAGCAUAGCACUUGACCUGAUAAUGUUCUUAAGUUGAUUGUUUUAAAAUGUUUGGUUGUUUGCUUUAAGCAGCCGCAGUUGAGGUUCAUUGCGCCUCCUUUGGCAAACAGCCAUGGUCCGAACUGAUCUGAAAACUUUCCCUCACUUAUCUUCCUUUUUCUUUUCCCUUGUCUUGCAGGAAGUUGUGCUGAAAAGCAGAGAAGGAAAAGAGAUUGUUCCAACUUUCUCCCACAGGUGAAGGCAUUUUUUACAGCAGGCAGGGCUGGGCCUGUGUGCUCGCACACAAGAAAAAUUAAAUAGUUUGUUGCCUUCUGGAAAAGCCAGAAUUGCGCAACCCUGCUGUUUAUUGCAUCUGUCGAUGGUUAUAAUUCCCGUCAGCCCUUUGUUUUCCAGAAACAGCCGAGUCCCAGGUCAUCAGACAACUUUUCUGACGGGAUUAUUUUGAUACUUGUGUCUAUUGAGGGAAAAGAUGGGAAGGUGUUGGAGAUUCCACAAUAAAAACACAGCUCCGUUAUCCCAGUUCACAGCACUCAGGGGCACCCAGCUGGGAGCAACGCAGCCUCACAGGUACCUCAGCCUCCAAGGAACCCUUUUCACUGGGAACCCGUGUCCUCUCCCGAGCCAUCCAUCACCGCACAGCCCGGGGAUCCAUCGUGCCAUGGAGGGGCAGAGCGCCGUGGCCGUGCUGCUGCAGGAGUGCCAGCGAGCCCUGCACACCGAGCUCCCUCCCGCCCCGGCCCCGGCGGAGCACCGGGAAUACCGGCGCUGCCAAGGGCACUUUGUUUCCUCGUCGCAAAUUCUUUUAGGUUUUAUUGUGGCUCCGCAGAAUAGGCUCUUGAACUCCUAAUCAGGCUAGAAAUCAUCCCAGUCCACUUCUGUGAGCGCUCAGCCUUGGUGAAGUCAUGAGUUUAAAUCGCCAGCAGUGAGAACAGCUCUCUGUUGCCAGGGCAAACUCUUCUCCUUGGAGCUGGAUCUUCCUUAGGAAAAGACUCAGGCAGUUCAGUCGUCCCCCUUCUACGUGGGAAAUACGUCCUUCUGUGCAAUAAUUUGUUCCUGGUGAUGAGCCCUGCUUCCCGAGGAGCUGAGGAGCCUGCUGGAGGAGGCAAAGGAAAUGAAGUGGCCCUUCGUGCCGGAGAGGUGGCAGUACAAACAAGAGCUGGGCCCAGAAGACAAAACAAACCUGCAAGAUGUGAUCAGCGCCAGGCUCCCUGACCUGCUGGCUUAUCUGAAGGCCUCCAUCCUGGUGAGGGACAGCAGCACUGCCACGGCCGUGGUGUUCCUGCUGGACCGCUUCCUGUACUGGCUGGACGCCUCCAGCCGGCUCCUGCGGCUGGCCAAGGGGCUGCACCGCCUGCAUCCCGCCGCUCCCAUCAGCCCGCAGCUGCUCAUCCGCCAGGCUCGCCUCGCCGCCAACUCAGGUAAACUUUUAAAAGCUGAAUAUAUCCUGAGCAGCCUGAUUAAUGACAACGGAGCAACGGGAACCUGGCGGUACGCCGAGGAGAGCGAUCGGGUUCUUGUUCAGGCAGUCUGCCUGCAAAUCAGGGGACAGAUCCUGCAAAAGCUUGGGAUGUGGUACGAGGCAGCAGAGCUGGUCUGGGCUUCAAUCGUGGGAUACUUCCAACUUCCUCAGCCAGACAAAAAGGGAAUUGCCACAUCCUUGGGUAUUAUGGCAGACAUCUUUGCUUCCAUGAACGAGCAGGAUUAUGCACGCUUCAAAAGCAAUGCUGACAUUGACCUGAGCCUCCUGCAGGAGUUCAACCACCGCUUGUUGUCGGCGGCCGAGGCCUGCAGGCUGGCAGCUGCCUACAGCCAGUACACCCCCCUGUUUGUCCUCACGGCCGUGAACAUCCGUGGGAUGUGUCUGCUGGCCUACAGCCACUCCAAGGACUGUCCCCCGGCAAAGAGAGAGCUCUACUUGUCUGAAGCCAAGGAAUCCUUUGAGGUGGGGCUCCUCACCAAGGAGGAGCAGAGUGCCAUCACCAGCAGGCAGGAGCUGCACAGUUUCAUCAAAGCCGCCUUCUGCCUCGCCACCGUGCACCGCUGGCUCCACGGGGAGAGCCAGGAGCUCCGUCGGGUCACCCAGCUGUGCAGGGAAGCCCUGGCAAAGCUGCACUCCUACAGCACCUCCUCCCCAGAGGAGGAGGAUAAGGGGAUGCUUGCCAAGGAGAUCAUGUCUCUGAUUGCAGCCGUGAAGCGGCGCCUGAGGGUGGGAGGCUUCCCGAAUUCCGACGCCAGAUCUUACGUCCCAGACAGUUAUAAAGGCUCGGUACAAAAACCUGUCCUGCAAGGGAAGGCCAGCUUUGAGAAAAUCCUGGCCAAGCAUUCCCAGCACCACCUGUCAGUGUGCCAAGUGUUUGAAAAAACUUGCAGGAUUCAUAAAAGCACGCCGGGAGAGAUCCAGGUGGGAGCUUGUAUCACAACCCUAAGAACAGAGACCAAAACCAUGGACACUGUGUGCACUGCUGAAGACACAGGUCACCAGAGGAGUGGUGCUGUGAAAAUCUUGGACUCACCAGCAGCAGGAAGCAGCUCGGGGGGACUCAAUGGCCAAAGAAAUCAAGACAUUGGCUCUGGUGUGAUGAAAAUUUCCUUCGAAGAAGAGAUGGAGCCAUUAGAAAUUGAAAUAAACAGCAAAAAAGAUGUUUUCAGCAGAGGGCAGGACAGGAGCCAAAGCACUACUUCUGAGAACUCUUGGUGCAAGCUGUCCAAAUCCAGUUACUCUUCCAGCUGGGAGGAGCUGGGCUGUAAUGGCAGCAGAGAGUCCCUCAGGGAGGGGCAGCAAGGGGACAAGGGCUCAGUGGAGGAGCAGUGCUGCACCACAGAACCCGAUGGAAGCAGCCAGGAAACGCCCCUAUGCUCCUUGCCUACCAGAGCCUGGCAUCCUGCUCCUCAGGAGCCCCUCCGUGGCUCUGGGGGGUCUCCUCAGCAUUCCUUAGAGGAAUCCCUCCCUCCAGCAGGGAGGAUGGUGGAGAUGGAGCCUCUCUGCCGAGAAGAGCAGCGGGAGGGAAGACACCGUGGAAGGAGCUCUUCAGAAAAGAAAGCAGAGGGCUUGAACAAUGAGUUUCCUUCCCUCUCCAUGUCCUGCUCUCUUCCUACAGGGCAGGAGGAGGAGGAGAAGUCCUUUUCCUGUGCAGAGCUGAGCUGCAGGACCAAGGACAGCAGCAGGGAGGGAAGCAUCGCUGGCUUGGAGUGGCUCCACCCGGGAGAACCUGCAGAGAGCACCGAGGAUCCCUCGCUGGAGGCACAGCCCACCGAGGACAGGGGCACUUCUGCACCAUCAACAAACACCGGGCCAAAAACUGGCCGUGACUCCUCUGUGCCUGGCUGGGUGGGGAAAUCUGCCCUGCUGGGGAGCAGAUCUCUCCAGGUGCCUGAAGUUGACCCCCAGGCAGAAACAGAAGAUGACACUGAAUUUGAGCACAUCAGCACGGGAGACUUGGUAAAGGAUUAUCCCACAGCACUGGCUCCAAAGCAUGAAGCAACUCCCAGCGUGCCAACAGCUUCUCCCUCCCUGGGAGAGAUAUCCACAGCCAAGCACUUGGACUGUGCCACUACAGAGGAGGGUGAAGAGAAGUCUCGGGAUGUGGUGGGCAGCAAGGGACAGUCCAGCUCCUCUCUGAGCUCCUGGAUCAAAUCAGCACCAGCGGCCACGAGCUCCCCUGCAGGUUCAGUCCCCAGGGGAAGUGGCUUUGCCUUCCCGCCCGGGAGAGUGAAGGAAGAGAUCCUGGACACUCGGAUUCUCAGGGAUGAUGAUUACAGGCAGCUUCUGGCAGGGGUGGAGCAUGACUGGCUUGUGCAGAGACUGAUGCCUACCGGGAUCUUUAGGAGCAAAGAGCUUCACAAAGCCUACUCUGCUCUUCUUCUGAAAUACUCCAAGAAAUCGGGGCUGUGGACAGGCCAGGAGACAGCUGUGUUCAUUGGGGACUACCUGAACGUGGCCAAGGAGGGCAAGCAGAGAAGUGCCUUUUGGAUACACUUCCUGCACCAAGAAGAAAGCCUGGGAAGGUAUGUUGGGAAGGAAUAUAAGGAGGAGAAAGGACUCCUCCAUCAUUUCAGUGACGUGGAGCGACAAAUGACCGCCCAGUACUACGUGACAGAGUUCAACAAGAGGCUGUAUGAGCAGAAGGUCCCUACCCAAAUCUUUUACAUCCCCUCUGCAGUACUGCUGAUUCUGGAAGACAGAACUAUAAAAGGGUGUGUGAGUGUGGAGCCCUACAUCCUGGGGGAGUUUGUGAAGCUGUCCAACAACACCAAGGUGGUGAAGAACGAGUACAAAGCCACGGAGUACGGUCUGGCUUACGGCCACUUCUGCUACGAGUUCUCCAAGGGAGCUGACGUGGUCGUCGACCUUCAGGGUUGGGUGACAGGUAACGGGAAAGGCCUCAUCUACCUCACAGACCCCCAGAUUCACUCCCUCAAUAGCAAAGACUCACGCUCCAACUUCGGGAAGAAAGGAAUUUACUACUUUUUUAAUGAUCAACACGUGGAGUGCAACGAGAUCUGCAGCUGCCUGUCCUUGACAAGGCCCUCGGCGGAGCUGCUGGCCUAGGCUGGCACAGGAUUGGGCACAAUUUCAGAUGUACCAGGCACUCUGUCUUCAUCCAGGGCUUGGAUACUGGAAAUCAUGGAUUUACAACCUCACCGCCUGAAGAGCUGGGGCUCUUCAUGAACACUGCUCCAAACACAUGGAGUUUAAGUUAUUGGCUGCUAUUUGUGGUAGAAAUAGGGGAUUAUUGUGGACAUAAAUAGUUGACUCUGAGGAUGGAGAAUUUAAUGUUUUGGAUGUAAAUUUCUUCUUAGAACUACUGACAAAAAAACCCAAAUUGCUGCUAUUUCCUCCAGUAUCAGAAUAAAGUAAUUUGAACUGACUGAGA